AUGACAAGCAUUGAUACUCCUGAGAGCAACGCAAAGCUCGACAACCUCUCAAGGGCGCUGGGGACUGUGAUCGCCAGACCUUUACCGACAAUCCAACGACUAUCAACUGAAGCAACAAUUGGCAUUGCCCUAUACAGAUAUGCCAUGAAACAUUCGCUGAGAAAUUGCCAUCAUUUCAACCGCGAUCUUUUAAUUCUAUCAGGCCAUGCCACCAGGUGGCAAUCCUUAUUCGCGCACUUGACUCAAGUGAAUGAGUCAACUGCUGAGCAAGCAAGAUCAUCUCCCUUCGUUCAAAACAAUUCGACCUGUUUCGGCGACUCAAAUCAGGCCAUUGCGAGCGCUAUCAGCUUAGCGAUCGCGGGAAGGAGUCUCGCAGCCAUUUACAAUAAGCCAGGCUUCAACUGGGUGAAUUACAUGACGUGGUGCCUAGUCGAUGAUGUCCGUCUUGAUCAGGGCACUGGACUAGUGGCAUUGUCCCUAGCUGGGAAUUGGAAGCUGAACAAUCUUUGCAUUAUCUACGAUAGUAGUUCUACACCCUGCAACCAACAGAAUGCCACUGACAUCAAUGCCAAGUUGAAGGCAAUGGGCUGGGAUGUCAUACAUGUUCUGGAUGGGAUCAAUGUCGCAGCUCUCGCAAGAGUCCUCGGCAACUCUAGAGAAACCGACAAGCCGACGUUCAUUAAUAUUCAAAAAUCGAAGAGCUUUCCAUUUAAACAUCAGCCUCCGACUCUCAGCCAUAACGACCAUUUCUGCAUUCCAAAAGAGGUUUACGACUUCUUCAUGGACGUCCCAGGCCCCAGCGAUGGGUAUGAGGACGACUGGGAGGCUAGCCUCAAACGAUACGAGGAGCUGUAUCCAGCACUGGCCAUCGAGUUUCGACGACGCGUUUCUAGCACGAAACCUUGCGGUUUGAAGGAGAACGUUACCUCACAGAAGUUGGUGCAGACGAGCGAUACAACGUCGCCAAAUUCAACGACUUCACAUCCGCCUCCCGAAAAGCUUACGCAUGAAAACCACUCACAGUCCCGCUCCCCAAACGGCAAGAGAAAAUAUAACGAGGUGGGCGAGGCAGCGCGACAAAUAGCCUGUCUCCCAAGUCGCAGACCGGCAGACCCAAACACCUUCUACAUUCGCCCUUGUGACCCUGAAGAAGUCGCUGGGGCCUUUCUUAUCGCCAUGAAGCCAUCUCGGAUGACCACCAUGAUAUCACUACCCCAGCAUGUCAUGGCUAGCUACCCUCAGAACGCAUCUCGCGAAGGUGUGACCUUGGGCACAUAUGUCUUUGCUGAAGUUGAAGGCGAGGAUUUUGAUGUCACGCUUAUCGGUGUUGGUUCUGAAAUGCCCUAUACCCUGGGAACGCGGAGCUUUCUCGAUCAAACGUAUGGUAUCAAGGCUCGGGUGGUAUCCUGUCCCUGCCUUGGGCUAUUUGUCCGGCAGCCACAAGACUAUCAACUUUCGGUACUCAAAAAAGGCCGUGGGAAGCCAGUAGUGGUAAUCGACGUGGCCGACAGCAACAUCAACUGGGAGCAGUAUGCUGAUGUAUUGGUCGCAUUGAAACAAGUCUGGAGGAGUCGAUUAAAUAAGUCUAAGCAGACAUUGUUAUGCAAUCAGCCUUCUGAGAUUGGACCAAAGAUUAAGGGAUUUAUUGAUGAGUUCAGAGGGCGUAGGAAUUAA